AUGGCAGAUUUUGUGGAUGUGAGGCAUGUUAAACAAUACAUGCCCCGUUUACCCACACUUGAUCGUGAUUUCAAGAUGUUAUUCCGUUUUGAAGAACAAAAUGUACAGUGGCUUGCGGACAGAUUUUUAGGCACCAAUGAAGAAACUCGGGGAGGCGCCUUGUCAUCUUUCCAUAGAAUGAAGAUAUGUUUGCGUUACCUCAGUGAUCCUGGCUAUCAAAAAGGUAUCGGUCAAGAACUUGGUGUUAGCCAAGCAACGGUAUCACGGACUGUGAAUACAGUAGUUGAUAGCAUAAUUGCUCAUACGAAUGAAUGGAUAAAGUUUCCAACUACCAACAGAGAAAUAGUAGAGGCAAAACAGUUAUGGCAAAGGAAGUAUAAGUUUCCGACAGCUAUUGGUGUCAUCGAUUGUACGCACGUGGGGAUACUGAAACCAAAGCUGCAUGGAGAUGAGUACAUUAAUCGAAAAGGCAAAUCUACUCUGAAUGUUCAAGCCACUUGUGAUGCCAAAGAAAUGUUCACUAGUGAUGAUGUUAGUUGGCCUGGAUCCGUGCACGACUCAAGGAUAUGGAGAAAUUCAUAA